UGGUCCGAAUUUACGACGCUUUUUUUUGCUGACGGCAUACGUUUUCAGUUGAGAAAGAGGUACCGCUGGGGGAGCGGGACUACCCCUGUCACAUGGUGUGUUUAUUUGUCUAUGACUGUCUGUAAACGGCGAGACACUUGCUGUCACGUGAUUCAGAAGCUCUUCAGGCGACUUCGGCGUGUAAAACAGUCAUGUCUGUGAAGGUGGAGUGUGUAGUGAAAGAGAGGUGUGAGAUCGGAGAGGAGGAGAAAGAAGGAACUCUGCUCUUUGUGGACAUAUCAGGACAGAAGAUCCACCGCUGGAACCCAGCAACCAAUCAGAAAGAGACAGUGGCUACAGAGAAGUUUGUGGGCUGUGCGGUCCCCCGGCGGUCUGGAGGCUAUGUGAUCGGAGAGGGACGGAGUUUUGGAGCGCUGGACUGGGAGUCCAAGUCCAUCUCCACCAUCGCUGUCAUCGAUGAAGACAAACCCAACAACCGCUUUAAUGACGGCAAGGUGGACCCUGCUGGACGCCUCUUUGCAGGUACCAUGGCGAUAGAGGAACGUCCUACAGUUCUAGAGCUGAAGCAGGGUUCUCUGUUCUCCCUGAACAAGGACCACAUUGUAGUCAAACAUUUCAAUCAGGUGGACAUCUCAAACGGUCUGGACUGGUCUCUGGACCACAAAACCUUCUACUACAUAGACAGCCUCACUUACACUGUGGAAGCUUUCAACUAUGACAUCAACACCGGGAGUAUCAGUGAGACACACACACACACACACACACACACACAUAAACCUUGUACUACAUCGACAGCCGUGUGUGUGUGUGUAGGUAACCGGCGGAUGGUGUAUAAGAUGGACGAGGGAGAGGGGAUUCCUGAUGGCAUGUGUAUUGACGCAGACGGUAGACUCUGGGUCGCAUGCUACAGUGGAGGCAGAGUGAUACAGAUUGACCCACAGACAGGGGUGCGUUUGCAGACAGUGAAGCUACCGGUGGAUAAGACAACAUCAUGUUGUUUCGGGGGUAGAGACUAUUCAGACCUGUACGUGACCUCAGCCUGUAAGGGAAUGGAUGAGGCAGACAUGGCCAAGCAACCGCAGGCAGGAUGUGUCUUUAGGAUCACAGGCCUGGGUGCAAAGGGCAUUCCUGCAAAUUCAUUCACUGGAUGAGUGACACAAUGGAAACACUGAAAACCGGGCCUUGUCAAUCAUUCCAUGAUGAUCAACCAGUAACUCGGCUGCACAACUGACCACUAAUCUCACUAAUAAAAUAAUGUGACUUUAUGAUUUUAAGCAAAACUCAACAUGCCUCAGUUAUAGUUACUGUACUUAAUGUAUUAGUAGGCUAUUGUAUAUCUUCUGUCCAAUAAAAAAGCUAAAAUUGA